AUGAUGGCGAUCAUCGGAAUGUUUUUCCAGGACGGCUUGACUGGGUCCGCGUGGGGCGACUGGGCGCUCUACACGGGCUCUCCGCUGCGCGCGUUCGAGAGCGAGCUGGGCGUGCAGGACCCCGUGGGCUUCUGGGAUCCCGCUGGCUUCACUGCGGAUGGUAGCACGGAGAACUUUGCCCGGAGGCGCCAGACAGAGCUGAAGCACGGCCGCGUGUCUAUGCUGGCGACGAUGGGCUACAUCACCCCAGAGAUCACCGGCAAGCUGCCAGGGUACCUGUCGCCGUCCGCUGGCCUGAAGUUCGCGGACAUCCCGAAUGGGCUCGGGGCGAUCUCCAAGGUUCCCGCGGCGGGCUGGGCGCAGAUCGUGGCGUACGGCGCGUUCUGCGAGCUGUCCCAGGACCAGUCCGCUGGCACCGCUGCCGCCGCAGGCGACUUCGGCUUCAAGGUGCUGACGUCCAGCGACGCCGGGGAGAAGCAGAAGAAGUUGGCGGCUGAGAUCGCCAACGGUCGUCUGGCCAUGAUGGCGAUCAUCGGAAUGUUUUUCCAGGACGGCUUGACUGGCUCCGCCUGGGGCGACUGGGCACUCUACACGGGCUCUCCGCUGCGCGCGUUCGAGAGCGAGCUUGGAGUGCAAGCCCCCGUGGGCUUCUGGGACCCUGCUGGCCUCUCGAAGGACGGUGAUGCUGCAGCCUUCAAGCGCCGACGCUCCACGGAGAUAAAGCAUGGCCGCGUGUCGAUGCUGGCUGCGAUGGGCUACAUCACGCCCGAGGUCGCUGGCAAGUUCCCAGGGUACCUCAGCCCGUCCAAGGGCCUCGCUUUCGAGGAUAUCCCGAAUGGCCUUGCAGCCGUCUCCAAGGUACCUUUCCUCGGGUGGCUUCAGAUCGUCAUUUACUGCCUGUACGUCGAGGCGUCUGGCCUCGGCUUCAACUACAUCGGCACUGAGCAGACGCCCGGCGACGUGGGCUGGAGGCCGCCCCUGCUCUCUGGCUUUGACGGCGAGGCGAAGACAAAGAAGCUGAAUGCGGAGAUCGCCAACGGCAGGCUGGCGAUGGUGGCGAUCAUCGGGAUGUUUUUUCAGGAUGGCCUGACUGGCAGCGCGUGGGGCGACUGGGCGCUCUACACGGACUCGCCGCUGCGCGCAUUCGAGAGCGAGCUGGGCGUGCAGGCGCCGUUGGGCUUCUGGGAUCCCCUGGGGCUCUCGGCUGAUGGCGACGUGAAGUCCUUCAAGCGCCGCCGCUCCGUGGAGAUUAAGCACGGUAGAAUCUGCAUGAUGGCGACCAUGGGUUACAUUACGCCAGAGGUUGCUGGAAAGUGGCCGGGUUACAUCAGUAAGUCCGAAGGGUUGAAGUUCGCCGACAUCCCGAACGGCUUGGCGGCCAUCUCCAAGGUGCCGGGACUGGGCUGGCUGCAGAUCGCCUCGUGGUUUGCCUUCUGUGAGAUCCAGCAGGGCUACGACGCGGAUGUCAAGACCGAGCCAGGCAAUGUGGGGUGGAAGCCUCCUCUGCUGGCUUCCGCCGACCCCGAGACACGGAAGCGCAGGCUGAACGCUGAGAUCGCCAACGGUCGCCUGGCCAUGAUGGCGAUCAUCGGCAUGUUUUUCCAGGACGGCUUGACCGGCUCCGCGUGGGGCGACUGGGCCAACUACACGGACUCGCCGCUGCGGGCGUUCGAGAGCGAGCUUGGCGUGCAGGCUCCCGUCGGCUUCUGGGAUCCGAUCGGCUACACCGCCGACGGUGACGAGUCCGCGUUCAAGCGCCGCCGGGCGACCGAGCUGAAGCACGGGCGCAUCUCGAUGCUGGCCACCAUGGGCUACAUCACGCCCGAGCUCGGGUUCAAGUUCUCGGGCUACCUGUCCCCCUCCAUGGGGCUCAAGUUUGCGGACGUCCCCAAUGGCCUGAAGGCCCUCUCCGUGGUGCCGGCACUCGGCUGGGCCCAGAUCAUCGCCUACAUGGCGUUCUGCGAGGUGUCCCAGGACCAGAAGCCGGGCACCAAGGCCUGGGCGGGCGACUUCGGCUUCAAGGUACUCACGUCCGACGACCCGGAGACGCUGAAAAAGAAGCUCUCGGCGGAAAUCGCGAACGGCCGUUUGGCCAUGAUGGCGAUCAUCGGCAUGUUUUUCCAGGACGGCUUGACUGGGUCUCCCUGGGGCGACUGGGCCAACUACACGGACUCGCCGCUGCGCGCGUUCGAGAAUGAGCUUGGCGUGCAGCCGCCGACUGGAUUCUGGGACCCUGCGGGCUUCACGAAGGAUGGCGAUGCGGAUGCAUUCAAGCGCCGCCGUUGUGUCGAGAUCAGGCAUGGCCGCAUCUGUAUGCUGGCGACGAUGGGCUACAUCACCCCAGAGAUAACCGGGAAAUUUCCAGGGUACCUGUCCUUGGACGAGCAGAUCCUCUUUCAGGAUGUCCCGAACGGUCUUGCAGCCCUCUCCAAGAUCCCUGUCGGUGGAUAUCUUCAGAUCCUCGCGUACUGCGGUUAUUGUGAGUUCAGCGGCACUGGGGUGAAAGACGGUAUCUUUUACGCUGGUAGCAGCGGUGCGCUGAAAGAUGGCGAGGCGGAGCCGGGCAACGUUGGUUGGAAGCCUCCUCUGCUCACCAGCUCAGACCCUGAGGUCCGCAAACGCAGGCUUAACGCUGAGAUCGCCAACGGCCGCCUGGCCAUGAUGGCGAUCAUCGGCAUGUUUUUCCAGGACGGCUUGACCGGCUCUGCCUGGGGCGACUGGGCGAACUACACGGACUCGCCGCUGCGCGCGUUCGAGAACGAGCUCGGAGUGCAGCCGCCCGCAGGCUUCUGGGACCCUGCGGGUUUCACCGCCGAUGGCAGUUCGGAGGAUUUUGCUCGGAGGCGCGCCACUGAGAUCAAGCACGGCCGGAUCUCCAUGUUGGCGGCCAUGGGCUACAUCACCCCCGAGCUGAUCGGGCCUUUCCCGGGUUACCUGUCCCCGCAGGCAGGCCUCAAGUUCGCGGACGUCCCGAACGGCCUCGGCGCCCUGUCCAAGGUGCCGCUCGGGGGCUGGGGCCAGAUCUUCUUGUACUGCGCCUAUGUGGAGAUCUCCCAGGACCAGACGAUCCCUGGCUCCCCCGCCUCCCGCGGAGAGUUCGGCUUCACGCUGCUGUCGUCGCCUGAUCCCGCGGAGAAGCAGAAGAAGCUGGCUGCUGAGAUCGCCAACGGCCGCCUGGCAAUGAUGGCGAUCAUCGGAAUGUUUUUCCAG